AUGGACGCUUGGACCUGGUUUCUCAAGCUGUUCCUUGAGGGUUUCCCGGAGUGGGGGCAGAGGGACAAUGCAUCCAUCAUCAGCGACCGCGAUAAGGGGUUGGUGCCGGCAGCAAGGGAGGGGUUGGUUUUGGCAUCGGCCGUGGAGGGCGUGGUCGAGGCUUUGCUUCAUCUAGACGUGGUCGCAGAGGGAGAGGCGGUGGCGUUGCAGGGACGGGUCUUGGCAGGGGAGGUAGGGGAGUGCCCCUUGGGGGCGAUUGUGGAGAGUAGGGGGGUGGCGGACCAGAAUUUACUGGGGUUGGUGAUGGAGGAAGGGGAGUGCCGCUCCGUGGGGCCACCAGGGAGCAGGGGGGUGUCGGUGAAGGAUGGUCCGGCAUUGGAGGUGGAGGGAGGGGAGUCCCGCUUGGUGGGGCUCCUGGAGGGAAGGGGGGUGCCGGAGCAGGAUGGUCCAGCAUUGGGAGAGCUGGAGGCGUCCAUUCGUGAGCACCACCCUCUCUUGCGUGAUGAGGAGGUAGACCUCAUUGUGGACGGCCAUCUACUACGCAUGGUUCAGGAGCGCGCGGCGGAGCAAGCACCUGCGAGCGGCCAGCAAGGAGGAACUGGUAUGGAGGAGCUGUGCUCGCAGCUCCAUUUGCCGAAAGGAGAUGAUGAGACGGCGGAAUCCUACUGCAAUAGGGCCCGCACCAUCCGAGCGGAGCUGCUGACCAUUGGGGAGGAGGUCCACAUGGCCACGUUUGCCGCCCACGUGCUGAAGGGCCUACCACCGGAGUGCGGAUUUCUUCGCCGCAAGCUCGAAAUUUCCAGCCCUAACAUAACGGCGGAACGCGUGUGCAGCGAGGUGUUGAUGGAGGAGCAGACUCUCUUUAUCGAACAGAGAAAGAAAAGGGGAAGGGAGAAAACGGACAAGAAGAAGGAUGGCAAGCGGGAGAAGAAGCGAGCCCCCUUCAAGGGGCGCUGCUACAACUGCAAUGAGGUGGGGCACAUGGCUGCCAAGUGCCCCAACAAGAAGAAAGAUACAACGCCCACGGCAGCUGCGAACGUAGCUGAAGGAGACGGGAAGGGCGUGGCGCUCACCGUUGUGUGUUCGGCUGCAAAGUUGCUGGCCAACGACAAGGACUUGUGGUUCCUUGACUCAGGAUGCUCCCAACACAUGACCGGCUGCAAGGAGUGGUUCACGGUGAUCCAUGACCCAUUUGCAACGAAAUCAGUCAAAGGGUUUUAUGGUUCUAUGCAGGAAGUUGCCGGUGUUGCAAGGAACGGUGCAACGGCUGCAGCGGCAUGCAACGGCACGGCGGCUGCAGCGGCAUGCACCGAUAUGGCGGGUGGAGCGGCGAGCAACGACACAGGGGCUGCAACAGCAAGCAACGGCACAGCGAAGGAGAUUGCUGAUGUGGCUUCAAGCAAGCCGGGAGCUAAAGAUGGAGCGGCCAGCCUCAAGACGUAUGCGGUGGGCUCCAAGGCAACGCCCAACCUGUGGCAUGCUCGCCUUGGACACGUCCACUUCGAUGCGGUGAAGCGGACAGCCACGAGCAGUGGCGUGUUCGGUAUGGACCUGGAGAAAGGAGUCAAGCCCGACGUGUCCAUGGUUCGUGUGUUCGGGUGCAUAGUUCGGGAAGCUUGCAAGCAAGACUCGUUGGGGCAUGCAUUUGGGCAUGAGCAUGGAAACCGAAUUCGGUGCCACCACGUACCGUCAUCGUGGUCCCGGUACCGUCCGUGCAAGGGGGCGAGAAACCCCUUGAUCCCUUUGGGCAGCAAGGCACCUACUGCACCUCCUCCUCUUGGUCCACCCUCUGUUGCUGAUUUGGCACCCGUAAGACCAGAGGAUGGUCCUCUGGAGGUUGACACCAGCAUGGGAGAACACGAGGACGCAGAAGAAGAAGUAGUAGUGGAUGAGCAGUCACUAAUGGCCCAUGAGCAUGAGCCUUCACCUCCAGUUCCCCCCCUCCAGCCCAUUCCACCACCCCCACGUCGCUCCAGCAGGCCUAACAAGGGGGUGCCACCUGUACGGUUUCAGCCAUCAGCCAUGACGGCCCUGGAUGCAGAUGAUGAGGACAACCCGUACGACGUGGCGUACCUUGCUGAGGAUGAGUGCGACACGGACAGCGAUGAUGAAGUGGAGUACCCGGACGAGGAUGAGGAGGAAGGCGCUUGGGGAGGUGUCAUCCUCGACCUGGCAGCUGCGUUGACCAGACCUGAAUGCAAGGAAUGCUCCACAGGUUAUGGCAUUGGCGCACUCACCACUGUGGGGAACCCCUGUGCAUGGGCAUUUGACGUCAACUCGGUCCUACGUCGUGCCUGGGAGUGGUACCGGGCAGAGGACAUUGACACGGGGAGGACCACGAGCACUCGCGGUGAAGAGAUGGGUGGGUAUGCUGAGCAUUUCCACCCUGCAUCGGCUCUCGCUCUGCCAUGGCCAGACUGCGGGCAGCGAGGCAACAGUCGUGCGCAAGGGCCGGACGAGCCUGCAUGUGAGGAGGAUCCGGUACCAGAGGAUGCCGGGGAGGAUGCAGAUGGGGCGGACGAUGGAGAGGGAGAACCCGGCAUACAUGUGCGCACCGGGUUCUAUCGUAACAGGCACGCAUCAUCCUAUCGCAUUGGAGGGAUCAUGCUGCUGCACUGGGCCCGUCUUUUUGCGGUGACGCUGCGGGUUGGUAUCUACACAAGCAACGCCACUGAGUCCAACAGCGCUGUCUACGGCAUCCGCAUGCUGCCACCCACAUGGCUCCUUGCAUCGCUUUGGGAUUGCUCUCGCGACAAGUG